CAUUCAUUCACCAUCAAUCAUCAACAAAAAAUAUCUCUGUUCUGUCACGAAGAAUUUCUUUCUGUGUAAUAUUAUUUUUGUUGCUAUUGUAGAUUCGUGCAAUUUCGUUUGUUUUGCUUUUUUGCGUUCACUAAAUAAACUACAAUAAAUAUGUUCGACUGGUGUUCGUAAUCGGCGAUAACUUUGUAAACUUCGUCAUCGUAAAUUUGUUAAUCGUCCUCGGUUCUUUCCGUAACUUUUGGUUAGAAAUCAACAUUUUGUGAAGUGAAAUGCUGUGCAGGUAGUAAAUUAUUGUGUACCGCGUGUGAAAUGUCACAACAUGGAUGCCCGGAAAGACUGUCGAAUAGGUCGAAGGCCUUCCAGGAAGAUGCCCCGAGCCAGCCAACCAUGGAGGUUCUCGUGGAAACCCUCACGGGCACGGCGUUUGAAAUGACUGUGUCGCCUUCCGACACCAUUCUGGCGAUAAAGUCCAAGAUUUUCAGGGUUGAAGGAAUACCGGUGUCGCAGCAACACAUCCUGUACAACAUGAAGGAACUGGAAGACUCCACGUCGCUGCGCUCGCACGCGAUCACCGACGGCGCUCGGCUGCGGCUCGUGCUCGGCAUGAAGGUCGGGCCUAUCUCCACUCGCCGGCUGCCUCCGCCGGCCAGCGUCGAACCCUGGAGGGACAUUGAGCGGCUGUUGGACGGGAACAGAGACGAGAGCGAAUGGUGCAACAGCAACGGUUGUCGCGUGACGGUGGUCGUGUUGCGCGACGGCGGCCGCAUCAACUUGCUGCUCAGACAGAACAGCGACGGCGCAUAUUGUCCGGUCGACACUGACAGCAGAUACUCGUCGUCACUGACGCUGGUGGAACAAGAGCUGGAGUCGGGAGUGGCGGGCGCGGCGCUGGACAACGAGCUGACGAUGGGCAAGAUGAUCGAGCUGCGGCGACGCAUGGAGACGAUGUCAUUGCGGAGGGGGACGACAGAGGACAGGCCGGGGCGGGCGCGCGACGGCUACGCGCUGCUGCCGCCACUCGAGUGGAGCGUGACUCCCAACUUGCCCCCGAUCGGCACGAGAACGGAUUCCGAACCCGCGGUGCAGGAGGACACCGAUCGUCUGAAGUUGUCCGACGCGCUCGCGGGUUCGAUUCUCGUGCAGGGUCGCCGGGAGAGGGAGGAGGAUGGGGCCAUACUGGAGGAGUGUCUGGAUACCGAACAGUGUCACAUCAGGGAUGGGUCGCCGCAACUCGCUGCGAAGAAUCUGGCUCCUAUACCGGCUGCUGAAUAUGGUCCGCUGGUGUGCGGCAGCGGGGCGACGGCGGGCGCGGGCUGGGGCUCCGCCGCGCCCAUCUCUCACUCGGCGUCGUCGCUGCACGCGCUGCAGUCGCUGCACGCGCUGGCGGCGCCGCUGCGGCCGCCGCAUGCGCCGCGACACCCGCCGCUGCAGGACGCCGUGUUCUCUUCCUCGACCUCGGAUUUGGAGAAAUUGAAAAGGAAUAGCCGCAUCCUGCCCGCCCUGAGCCGGCACCGCAACCGCUCGCACCUGCACCUGUCCGACGACGGGCUGGACCUGCGGCCCCACAACCUGUCCGUCGGCUGCGAGAGGCGGCUGAGGAGGCAUCUCAACUCGCAAGUCGACAGGCAGGAGUUCAACAGUGUGAACAGCGUGGACCACUCGCGUAGUGACCUCUACCACAACGGGCACACCCUGGCCGACCUCCACGACUCGGCCUACCUCCGCAGCGACUUCCAGCCCGGAUUCAAGACGGACUUCGACGACAUCAAUCCGAGCGACGUGGAGCGGGAGCGCAACGUGGACUCCGGCCGGCUGUUCAGCUACGAGGACUUCGUCAAGGAGGACUUGAAGACCACGCAGUCGGAGACUGCCCAGAAGGAUGCGACCGGCCCUGCGCCGCCGCCGGCAGCAGCUAGCGGCGGCGGCGGCGGACGCGCGCGGUGCUCGUGGUGCCGCAAGCGGCUGAGCAUCGCGACGGAGCACGCGUGCCGCUGCGGCGCGCGGUUCUGCGCCGCGCACCGCUACGCGGAGGUGCACGGCUGCGACUACGACUACCGCGCGCCCGCGCAGCGCCGCCUGCGCCGCGACAACCCGCGCGUCGCCGCGCCCAAGCUGCCCAAGAUAUAGUUACAGUCUUCUCCUCGACUUUUCGAUUCGACUUGUUUAGUUAUUUUUUUUUUUUUUACAAAUUUAGAAUUGACUUUUUGGUAGUCCGAUGUUUUUUCUCAAAAUGAAAGAUCCGAAAUUAAAAAUUAACAUGUUUCUACGAUAUAGUUUGUCGUAAAACUUUAAAAAAAAAAAUGCGUUGUUUCCUACAUUAAAACACAGAAAUGAACGAAAGAUUUUAUUCUUAUAGAUUCUACUUUCCAAAAAAAAAAGAGCUGUAUAUUAUAAUUCCACGAAAAAAGAAAGCCUGAUGUAGACCAAUCGCUUACGACGUAGUGAGCAAAACAUCAUAAACGACUUCCCUCCAUAAGGUGAGGUUAUAUAUAUAUGUGGAUUAAUAGUUUUCAAUACUGCUGAUUAUAUAAUGUCGUGUAAAUAUGUGUUGCUGUGCGUUGCUAGUGACUAAGGUAUCUGUGUAAUGGUUGGAAACGACAUUUUAAUAAACAUAUUCCUGUUAUAAUUCUAACGUGUGUACAGUUCCGAGAUUUUAUAUUGAUAUUUGCAUUUUUAUAUAUGGUCUAUAUAGCUCAUUGGUUAAGAGCAUUAUUCCAAAGCAGUGAUGUGGGUAUGAUUCCAGCUCGCUGAUUUUUAAAAUUUUAAUAAUUAAAUUUAGUUCUGACAUUCAUCAUCACAUUAUCUUUCAUCUGAAUCUGAUUAGAUAGAGCCCAGGUCCGCGUUCCUACUUUUUCUGCAAAUCCUAUGAAUUAUUAUUUACUGAUAUUACAAUAUAUUUGACAUGGGAACGCUGAUAAUAGUUUUUUUAUAAAUAUAGAAGAUACAUUUACAAGAUAAAUGUUAGAACUGUAUACACAUUAAAAAUAGUUUGUAUAUAAAUUGUUAUCCUAUCACAUAUUAUCGCAUAUGUAACGCAGUGUAAAUAUAGUCAACGGAGAAUAUAUACAGUUCGAUCUAUAAAUAUAUACAGAUAAUAUGACGACCGGUAGCCGCGAAGGCCUUAGGACAGGCAUCGACACUGCAACGCAUCGAAUUAAAAAAAAUCUAAUUGCGGAAGUGGGAAAACUUAAAUAUUUGAAAAAAUCUAAAUGGGACUUAAAUUAUUUUCGUACCAAAUUGCACUGCGUGUAGCUUAAAUGUUUUCUGUCAGAAGUGACCACUAUUAGUAGGUAUUUAAUGGUAGUGUAAAAUAAUUUAUAGAUUCAUUUACAUUUUUUCUUGACUCUUUCUAAUGUAUUUAAAUUGUACCACUUCCGUGGCCUAAUUAUAUGAUGUAUGAUUUCAAAAUCUAUGUUUUAUUUGAAGCCUCUUUUCAAGCUACUAAGAUAAGACCUCAGCUUGACGUUAUUCAGACUUCAAGUAAGACAAAUUAUUGUAAAUUGAGAAUAUAAUAUUUGUAUAUUAAAUGUGAGCCUUAUGUGUGUAUACUUACAGAUUUUUUUUAACGGAUGAACAUUAAUAUUUUUAUUUUACAAGUGUAAUAUUACAAUACCGCAUUUGAUAUACACAUAUAAAAAAAUGACUUUAAAAACGGUAGGUAACAAAUUACUCAGCACAAGCCUACAUAACGUUCUUAUUGCUAUUAUUUUUAAUUUGUUUCCAUGAAUUUUAUUUAUCACUGAAUUUUGGUUAUUUUGUAUAAGGUCUAUUCGUGUACUUUGUUCGUACAUUUCUAUUAUUGCAUAAUUUGCUUUGAAUUUACAGCUUUAAUACAAACUAACCGAUGAAUUGCACACGUUAUGUAGGCAAGUAUUUACCUAUAAUUGAGUGAUGAGAAUGUAAAAUUGACUAUGGAUACGAUGCCUUCGUAGUUUCGUUAGUUGUAUGCGAUGCUUGUACUAAUACUAUGGCCUAAAACAAUGCUCAACGUAAACUUCAUAUAUCAUUGGAACGUAUGAAAAAAUAUUUAUACAUACAUACUGAAAAUAAUUUUAAACGAGGAAUUCUUAAAAUCUGCCUAAAUUUUUCAUGAUAUUAUGUUCGCGUUUUAAGGGAUAGAUUAUGUAUAAAAAUUUUGAAUUUUGGGUAGGAUUUCAAUGUUUUAUAAAGUUUUAGUGAUAAUUGAAAUAACGUUUAACGCGGAGAGGUGUGAUCAUACUGUGCGCGUGUGAAAAUAGCAAGUAACAUCCAUUUAGUACGAAAAAUCGUUUUAUUUAGUUAGAUUUGUUAAAUUGACGUCGGCGGGAAAGUGUUAUAAUUAUAUUCGACGAUUUUUAAAGUUCUUUUAUUUUCCAAUAAUGGCCAAGGGGAAAAUAGCCAUAAGUAAUCAAAUAUAGAUUUUUGAGUGCUUAUCCUUCUUGGAUCAUAACUUACCGGUAUGAUAAUGUACACAGAGCACUGUUUUAGGCCUGAUUCGUGGGGAGAGUCGCGUCAGUUUCCGCGCGAAACCGACGUCGGUCUCCGUCUGAGUCGAACAAAAUGUGAUAUAAUAUUUGACCUAAAUUAAGAUUAAAAUGUUAAAAAUCUUCUGCCAUGUGUGUGUUUUGUUUUUUUUUUCUUUUUUUGUAAUGAAAUAAUCUGAAAAAAUUAUCAAAAAAAUAUAUUAUUGUAAUGAUAAAAAAAAAAUAAAAAAUAUCGCCCUUAGUUACUGGAGGUGCUUUAUUUCGUGCUAGUUGGUAUGGUUUCUGUCAUUUGUUGUCGUAUAUCACAUUCUGUAACAUUAGAUUAAUGAAUGCUAUAAUUAAUUUUCAUUUGUAACGCCUGCCGGGCGCUUGGCGGACUGUUAUUGUAAAUACUGUUUAAAAUCCUCUUAUACAAUCAUCUUGUGCAACCUCGAUGACUGUAAAAUUAGAUUUUAAAGUGAUUUGCAUAGUUGAGAUUUGUAUAUUAUUUAGUGAUUAUUUGAAAUAUUCUAUUUUUUAUUAUAACAAUGAUUUAUUUUAUUCAUUUUUUGCCUACUUGAGCCGCUUCGCUUCUUUUAAUUGUGAAUUUAAGAUAAAAGAGGCGUGUGAAAAGAUUAUAUUACUAUAAUCUUGCGGGAGCAUUCAUGCAUUUAUGUGUACAUGUGAAAUAAAACAGACAUAAUUUGUGUCUAAAGUUUUAUCUCUAUCUUAGCGAUUUCACAAGUGAAGUAACACGUCUUGCCUCACUCAAUUGAAUGAUACUGUUGUGAGAAAAAAAUAUUUCAGUUUACACAGAGUGAAAAAUCGCGCAAUUUAUUGUUUUUGAAUUCAUUGGAGCGAAGCAGGACAGAUUCAUCUAAAUUUAACCUUUGACGUGUAAUGAGACGAGUUCGUGCUAUUUUAGUUUAUAAAUAAAAUCAUUUUGUGCUAUACACAGGACUUACCCCGCUAUUUUUAAGACUUAUAUUUUUCUAAUCAUUAGUUUCGACAACACGGCCUAAAACGUGUUUAAUAUUAAUAAUUAUGGUGUUUUUGUAACUUAGAAUAAAACGGUGUAUGUGUGAAGUAUCAUAAAAUACUAGUGGGUGUGUUAACUUUGCAAUGACUAGCAGAAUGGUGUGUCUAUAGAUAAUUUGCAUAAUAUAUAAAUUGUAUUUGAUAUAACACUUAGUAAAAACAAUUUAGCUAUAAUUUUUGACAUUCGUCUCGUUGCACGUCAAAAAUUGUGUGUCAAGUGGCGGCCAUCUUGAUAAACUUCAGUCUUUGAUCGGGUUCCACACGAGUCGGACGCUUUUAAUAAAUUCUUGUUAAUAUUAUCUAUGUCGUUUAUAUUUGAGUGUAUUCGCUAUAAAUACUCAUAGUCUUAGGAUUUUAUUUCAAAUGUCUAUUUAUAUUUCACUCAAAGGUAAAUAGCUAAUUAACUGUCAUAAAUUGUUUUAUUUGUUCACAUAUUUAUUGUAAGCGAUCUAAGCACGUUUGUGUGAGGGAGUUUUGCACUAUUGGACUAGAGCGAAUGGCAAGUUGAUAAAAUAAAGGUUAAUGCUAUUGACACAUUAGUAAUUCGGUUAUACAUCGUUUCUAAAGCAGAGGGAAAAAUUAUGAACACCCAAAAUUAAUUCUCGCUCCAAUGAAAACGUAUUCCCGUCGAGUUCGAACAACUGGUAUGAGCGAGAUGGCAAUAUAGUUGCAAAUAAAUGGCAGAAAAAAUAAUCUUGGUUCUCUUUCUUUCCUGCCUUAGUAACAAAUUAUAGUGCAUUUACAGGCUAUAAUGUUGUAUGCACUUGCUUCGUUCAUAGUGUUACACAAUUUUGUUCUUCAGUGAAAAUUAGGUUAAAUAUUUCUCGUGUGGAACUCGCUCUUGGACAGCAGCAACGUGUAAUGUGUAUCAGUCGCUCGCCAAGUGGACCCGAAUCAUUUCAUAUUAGAUUAUAUAUUAAGUUUAUAGAUUAUUUUAUUUGGGAAAAUAAUUUUGGCUGAUUUCGAAAUAAAUAUUUAUAAUGCGAAAGCGAAA